AUGCGUCCAAUCGACACAGCUCUUCAUUUUGCCAUCACCCUUUAUAUUGCGUGCAGAAGUAUAUACCGCCUAUACUUCCAUCCUCCACGCAAGAUUCCUGGUCCCAAGCUCGCCGCGAUCACACACGCCUACGAGUUCGACUACGAUGUGAUCAAGGGAGGGCUUCUCAUAUGGAGAGAAUGCAUCACCCCAAGAACUAUACAUAUCACAGACCCAGAUUACUAUGAAGAGAUCUACGCAUCCAGAGCCCGUAAGCGUGAGAAGGAUCUCCUCAUCGUCGCACGCUUCGAUCUCGAGGGCUUUGGGUUCUCCAGCAUCACGGAUGAUGAUCAUCGCCCACGCCGUGCGCCCUCAAAUCAAUUCUUCUCGAAGCAAACGAUUGUCGAUAUCGAGUACUUGAUUCAUGAGAGCCUUGACAAGCUAGUGCAUCAUCUACGCACCGCCUACAACACACACCUGGUAGUCCAUUUGGAUGCUACGCUUCAAUGCUCUGCAGAUGGAAUCAAUGCACUAUUUCAGAUGACUCACCUCACCUUAUCCUCCCCUUUCAUGCAGACACUCAUUAACGCAUUGCCACUGGACCUGCUGCGCAAAGUAAGCGCCCCCGCGUAUGCCUUGGCUCGCCAGAAGAAGGACCUUUAUGAAUGUGGCGCGGCGGCCUUGAAAGCCAGCCUUUCAUCCUCCAAAUCAGGCCAUACAACAUUCACCGAAGCCAUCGCAGAACCCAAGAUGCCGGAGCAUCUUAGGACACCCGAACGACUCAUGAAUGAAGGCUUCGCACUGACCAUUGGAGGAACGCAGACCACUGCGCAAUCCCUUGCGGUCGCUUUGUACCAUCUGAUCGACAGACCCGAGACCAUGAAGGGACUGCGAGAAGAGCUCAAGCAGUCUGGAGUGGUCAAUGAGACCUUGCGCCUCUCCACUGGGGUCGCUACCUUCUCGCCUCGGAUCGCUCCCACGGAAGCAUUGCAAUACAAGGGCCACAUAAUUCCCCCAGGAACUCCCGUCGCUCAAACGCACUAUUUCAUCCUCAUGAAUCCCAACAUCUUCCCUGAUCCGCACGCCUUUGAGACUGAACGCUGGAUCCGGGCCGCUCAGGCGGGAAACUGUUUGGUUCGCUAUCUUAUAAACUUCUCGAAGGGGAGUCGCAUGUGCGUGGGCUUGAACCUGGCUUUUGCAGCGCUCUACCUUAUCAUCGCAACACUCGCGUGUCAGUUUGAAAUAAAGUUGUAUGAGACGCCUCGAAGCACUAUUGAGCUGGCGCGCGAUUUUGGAACGCCGUACCCUAUUGAGGGUCAUAUGAAAGUGCAGGUCAUGGUGACUGGGCUUAUCGACGGAUAG